UGAACCACGCCCCUUCUCACUUUUUCAUUGUCAUCGCGAAGUGAGAGAGAGAGAGAGAGAGAGAGAGAGAGAGAGAGAGGACAUGGAGAUGGAGAAGGCGAGGGAAGCUCUAAUGGUGGAAGAAGAAGCAUCGGAGUUGGUCUCGAGGCUCGACGUGCGUCCUCACCGCGCGGGGCGCGACGCGAGCUUCUACGAGGGCUUCGCCCUCCGCGGCAUCCGCGUCGACCACAUCCAACCCGGUCUCCUCACCUGCUCCUUCAAAGUCCCGCCUCGCCUCACCGAUUCGAGCGGGAAUUUGUCGCCGGGGGCGAUAGCGAACUUGGUCGACGAGGUCGGAAGCGCUGCGUUGCACGCCGAUGGCCACCACAUGAAGGUCUCUGUGGAUAUGUCGAUCUCCUACAUGUCCACUGCUAAGGUGGAGGAUGAGUUGGAGAUCAUAUCGAGAGUUUUAGGGCACAAAGGAGGCUACUCUGGAACCUAUGUGUUACUGAGUAACAAAACGACCGGACAGAUAGUUGCUGAGGGUCGGCAUUCAUUGUUUGGUAAACUUAAAAGCAAGAUUUGAAUGUGUUGUUGUCAUUAUUUGUUGCAUACCAUGCUCUACUUUGCAUGGUAACUUUUGGACAAUUUGUAGAUAUAAAUGAAAGUGUGGAUAAUGUAUUUGAAUCACCUUAUAACUUUGGCAGACAUGGUUACGAACAAAUUGGAAAUUCUUCAGUAAGAUGAGAUAGAAAGAUGUGAUAUCUUCAUGCA